AACUACUUGACAGUAUUUAAGGGCUGUUAGGGCCUGGCUUGGGCUCUUCAAAAGAUACAGUGGACAAGAGGAUACAUACAACUUAUUCUGGUGGUGUCUCAACGAAAAGCUUCAAGGAUGCCAAACUGGGGAGGUGGAGCCAAAUGCGGUGCCUGUGACAAGACGGUUUACCACGCUGAGGAAAUCCAGUGUAAUGGCAGGAGUUUUCAUAAGACAUGUUUCCAUUGCAUGGCUUGCCGAAAAGCUCUGGACAGUACGACAGUAGCAGCUCAUGAAUCAGAAAUCUACUGCAAAACCUGUUACGGGAGAAAAUAUGGCCCCAAAGGGAUUGGUUUUGGACAAGGCGCCGGCUGCCUCAGCACAGACACUGGGGAGCAUCUCGGCUUGGACCUACAACAGCACUCACCAAAGCCGGCUCGUCCUUCUACCCCUACCAACCCUUCAAAGUUUGCCAAAAAAUUUGGUGACGUGGAAAAAUGCCCUCGUUGUGGGAAAUCGGUAUAUGCUGCAGAGAAGAUAAUGGGAGGAGGAAAGCCUUGGCACAAGACAUGUUUCCGAUGUGCUCUCUGUGGAAAGAGCCUAGAAUCUACAAAUGUUACAGACAAGGAUGGAGAGAUUUACUGUAAAGUUUGCUAUGCAAAGAAUUUUGGUCCUAAAGGAAUUGGAUUUGGUGGCCUCACUCAAGUUGAAAAGAUGGAGUAAGAUAUUUCCCACUUAGGCAUCGAAAUAGUAACACAUGGCUAACGAUAAGAUAUUAAUAACACUUUUCAUCUCACUGAAUAAAUAAAUUACUUUCUUACACAAA